CAACGCCGGACGCGCUUGGGAAAAACAUGGCAAAGUUUGUUCUUGCGGACAUCACUAAAGUCAUUAUAUAGGGAAACAUCAGUGGCAUUUACCAUAUUGACCUAAAGAGGGUAAGGGUUUUCAGAUAUGAUGGUGCAAUUUGGGGACCGGAUGGUUUUUCUCAGCAAGUCUUGGAAAUGAUUUAUGAUUGGAAAUGGGUGGAGACAGAUUUAAUGAGUUUAGUACAUAAACACUGUACCACAAUUUUGUCAAAAACAAAAAACACCACAGCAAUAUCAAAAACAAAUGGAAUAAGGACUAUUUUAAGGGCCUUGGAUAAUAAUGCAUCUCUGGAGGACGUCUUCUCAUUGGGUGUAAUUAGUACAGGGCAGCUUGGGAUUCCAGCAGGUUUGGUGUUUUCUAUGCCUGUGAGCUUCAGGAAUGGUCACUGGUCAGUGCACUCGGAUGUUACCGUUACAGAUGAGUUGAGGCUAAAACUUGAUGCUUGUGAGAGAGACAUUGCUGCUAGAAUAUUGAAGGAGGAUGCAUGACGACUCUCCAAAAGCAGACUUCAAUGACUCCCUCCUUCAGUAACAUGUCAAAUCAUUAUUCUAAUAAGAAUAUAUAGCUAUAUGGGUUAGUCAGAAUCGGAAUGCCUCAAAUGACAAGUGGGAUGACCUUGGCAUAUGAAAAUGUUCAGCUCAAUUCUUGAGAGACUAUUGCUGUUAGGCUUUAAUUCAUGCAAUUUUACUGAAUGUGGGAAUAAUGAAUAGUAUACACAACACUUGACACAUUUCUUUUGUUCAUCUUUUUGUUAAAUGUAAACAUACAAAGUUAGAAAUGUUGAAAACCACUGGAUCAGAUUUUAACUUAAUUUCUUAAUUUGAGUGGUGUUUACCCAUGCAAACCUUGCCGCUACCCACUGGAAUAAAAAAAUAGGUAGAAAAACA